CCUGUCUUUCCCGUUCCAGACGGAGCCCGUGGCUGGUGAGGCUGCUGAGCAGGGCCGGGCCGGGCCCUGCCUGCCGGGUCGUCCGCGCCCAUCACUGGCCCCGCGCCCGGGAGCCCGUCUGGUGCUCCUGCCGCUCCGACCAUGACUUCAGAGCCCACGGCACCCCCAGCUGUGCCCCCGCCCCCCCCACCCAAGUCCCCAGUGUGGCCCACUUUCCCCUUCCACCGGGAGGGCAGCAGGGUCUGGGAGAGGGGCGGAGUGGCCUCUCGGGACCUGCCCAGCCCUCUGCCCACCAAGCGGACCAGGACGUAUUCUGCGACAGCCCGCGCCUCGGCCGGCCCAGUGUUCAAGGGCGUCUGUAAGCAGUUCUCGCGCUCACAGGGCCACGGCUUCAUCACCCCUGAGAACGGGUCUGAGGACAUCUUCGUUCACGUGUCUGACAUCGAGGGGGAGUAUGUGCCGGUGGAGGGCGAUGAGGUGACCUACAAGAUGUGCCCCAUCCCGCCCAAGAACCAGAAGUUCCAGGCUGUGGAGGUGGUGCUCACCCAGUUGGCCCCCCACACCCCCCACGAGACGUGGUCCGGCCAGGUUGUGGGCUCCUAGGCCGGUGGUCUUGAGGCGGCCGCCCGGCCAGGGAGGAGCCACACAGGGUGGACGGGCAGCAGCGGCUCGAGCCCCACGUGCUGACUGACCCAGGCCCCUGGGCGCCUCCGUGCCCCUGUCUGUCUGUCUGUCUGUGCCGUGGCUGUGAGUGCGCCUCCAUCCACCCGUGACCCGUGACUGUUACUUGAGCCGGGCUGAGGAGGCCACGACCUGCCUUCUCUGCUUGUCCACACUCUUCUCCCCUCUCUGCCACAUUCGCACAGGACCCUCCUGUCCACCAACCCGUGUAUCGCUGUCAGGCCUGGGGUGGGUUUGGGGGUACAGCAGAUCCCACCCAUACACGCCUGCUUCCUGGCCUCCACCCCAGGACCGGCCCUGGGGCCAGACUCCGCUCUCGCCUCCCACCCGGCCGGGGUCUCCUGCGGCUGGGCCCUCUCCUGGGAAGCCGGGCAGGGAGCACUGUGGGGAGCCUCCAGCUGCUGGCAGAGGGCCAAACCUUCCUGCCUCCCCUCAACACACUGGGGGGGCAGGACGGGGGGGCCUGGGCGCAGAGGGCAGUUGGGGGCUCCUGUUCUGCCAGCCAGUCCCUCCCUGCUGGCCACGACUGUGAGCCCCAGGCAGGCAGUGUCCCCUCCCCUGGCCUUGAGGCCUCUGCUCCUUAAGGAGCUGCCAGUCCACUAUGGGGCCUGUCCCCCACCCCACCCCCAGGCUUAGGCAGGGCCACCCCCUUUGCCCUGGCUCACAAAACCCAACAUCCCACCAGUGUCCAGUUGCCAAGGCUGCCUAGGAGCCUGACUGGACAGACACCCCCAGGCAGGGUCAGGAGCGGGCAGCUGUGGCAGCCUGGAGGGCCUCGCUGGCUGCCUGGGCGCGUCUGACGCUGUCCCCUCCGCUCACCGAGCCCUGUUGCCACACCGUGUCCGACAGGGAGGCCCGGAAGGAGGGGCUCCGCCUCUACCCCCCACAUCCCCUUUUAAAGAGCACAUCACCUGGUGGGGGGAGAAAUGGGGCUCAAGGGAGGGCCUGCAGGGACCAUGACUCUGGAAACCCAGUCUAAGAUGUCUACAGGAUCCCUGCCCCUAGCUGGGGUAUCUGGGUGCCCUCCACCCCCACCCCAUGGAGGCUAGAAGCCCAGAGUUACUGAAAGGCAUUGGCUAGCCCCCCCAAGUUGGAACCUCUCAGCCUGCUAUCCCACUCGGAGUUGGGCCAGCCCAAGGCCUUUCUCCCGAGUAACGGGACUCGCUGGCCAGCUUGGUAGGAGGCUUCUGGUGCAGCUGACUGAUGGGAGCCCCCAAGACCUGCUUCCUGUGAGUAGAGCCCUUUUAGGCGCCGGCCAGGAGACGGCACGCGCUCACGCAGCUCUGGGGCUGCCUGAGGUGGCAAGGGGCCUCAGUCCUGCGCACUCGGGUCCCACGGAGCCCUCCCAACACCCCGGCCCCCAACUCCCCCAUCCUCCCCAACACUGGCAAUAAACCCUCAACUGUGA